AUGUGGUUUAUGAUGAAAAUGAGCGAGUUGUUCUUGUCGAAAAUCGAAAACGCAAAAAUCAGGUAUUUUUUGAAAUCAAAAAUAAAAUGCUGAAAUAAAUUGAUUGAAAUUUUUUAUCAGAGCUCGAACAAACUUCAAAAACGAAUUCAAAUCAACUUCAACAAUUCGAGAAAUCUUGCGAGAAUUUCACAGCGAAAUUCAGAGUCGCAAUGAGUAAGUUUUCAACAACGAAAGCGAGUAAACAAAAACAUUUUCAGAUCAAAUUACACUCCAAAUUUAUCAUAUUCAACUGGAAAACACGAGCAAAAAGUACAAAUAAAAGGAAGAAUGUUGGAUGUGAAAAUUGGGAAAUUGGCCACAAAUCGAGACAGUUUUUUGGUUUACGUGGAUCUUUUGCAAAAUUAG